AUGGGGAGUGCUAUUGUUGAUUCCGGAUCUGGUAUUAAGCUUGAAGGUACCCCUUCCCCUUCCAACCUGAGGUCUUUCCUUCACAGUGUUACGCCAACUUUGGAGGCCUACACCGUUGCUAAGCCAAACGACUAUUCUGGUAAAUCGGCCAACUUAGGGAGAUGCUUCUACCUUGUAGACCUUUGGAACUUCUUCUACCCGUUAAGCGAAUGCGGUGUCAGUACUCCGGUUCACCUCCCUUCCGGUGAAGAAAUAAACCAGUACUUUGUGCCGUAUCUUUCAGCCAUUCAGUUGUACACCGUCUCACACUUCACUUUACACAACAAGAUGAUGGCCGGCAACUUGUUCGAUGCGAACAACUACGGCUGUUGCAAUGCAGCAGAUAACUGGAGUUGCCAGUAUGCAACAGCAGCAUUAGCGUCAUGGGGCAUAUCUGAUAGCCCGAGGUCAAAGAGGAGUGAAGGACCAUGUUUUGAGUACUUUGAAUGCGACUCCCCUUAUGAAAGGAUGCCUCUCGCAGACAAGGUGUAUGAGCUAUACCAUAACUUUCCACCUCUGUCAUCUCUUAACAGCAUAGAGCUCUCACCAGCUAGUUGGAUGUCAGUUUUCUGGUACCCAAUAGGUCAUGUUCCUCGGACGAACAAUAAAGACCUGACUACUUGCUUCCUGACUUACCAUAGUCUCUCGACACAAGAAGAUAGUACGCCUCUUUACAGCAAGGACCGGCUGACGCUUCCCCCUAUUGGCCUCGCGACACACAAGACGGAUGGAGAUGUGUGGACAAGCGCGGACUCCGGCGAUCAAGAGCUCGCCACCUCCCUCGUCGGCGCGGCGGACUCGUGGCUGAAGAGGCUCGACGUCCAGCACCAUGACUUCAAUUACUUCCUGAAUAGCAACAGGAGCCUGAUCCACUACCAGUCUUUAACCAAAGCAAGCAGUAGUGCCAUUUGA